AAACAAGAAGUGCAAUAGGAGCAAGUGCAGGAAAAACAGUAUUAUGGAAGUAGUAUGUACAAUGAACAUAAUAUACAUGUGGCUGUUACUAUAAACAGGAAAAGUACAGAUGGGUGUAUACAAUGAUAAGUUAUAGCAGUUAUAACAGUAGUGCAAUGGAUAUAGAGUAGUGCAAAUAAAUUAUAGACAGAAGCUAUCUAAGUAAGAAGUUAUUGCAUAUUUAGUUGAAGUACCGAAGUGCAAAGUUGCUUGUGAAAACGUCAAUGAACAGUGAACUUGUGAUAGCAUAUACUAUACGAUGGUAUACUUUUAAAAUGUUGACAAUUUUCACCGUUAGCAGAUCUAAACACUACAGUAUAUAUAACAUAAACAUCAUACAGUACACAGUAUACAUGCAUUAUAUUAAAAAGCCUAUGUAUUUUAUUUUAUAUAAUAAAUUCCUGAGAAGCAGAGCAACUGAUGUUGUAUUCCUCUUUGUACACUUUUGUGUUCCACUUUGUCCAUUCGGAUGCUCCCUAUAUGAAUUUCUCUCUCUCUAAUCCAAUUCCAUAGUCCAGUAUGAGUCAACACCCCUGUGGCCACAUUCUUAACUCCAUGUCUCUUCUAAUGAAUCUGAGAAAGAUUUAAAUUGGCCGAAAUUUGGACAGCAAUUGACGUAAGAUAUCUCUUCCAAAAUCACACAACACAAAAAAUCAGGAAUGUGAAUAAUGUCCUGGUUAAAGAGGGCAGAGAAGAUUCUGAUUGGCUGAAGGGGCUGUCAGCACCGGGUUUUGAAUCUUGUGGUCAGAUUAGAUGAGAGAAUAGGAGAACCGUGGCAGUCAAAAGAGGGACUGAGCUAGCAAGAAGGACCAACUUGAAGCUUUGAGAUAAGCCCCUAGACCGCCAUGACACCCACCGAGAUUAUCUUCAUGUUGGCUGGAACUUGCACCGUCAUGUUCUUUGGAGUGAAACUACUAGGUCUUGUCAUGAUGCUUGCCCUGAAGCUCUACUAUCCUCUUUCUGUGUCUUUUUUCACCUCUCUGGGGAAAUGGGCAGUGGUCACUGGAGGAUCAGAUGGAAUUGGAAGAGCUUACGCACAAGAGCUUUCAAAACAUGGAAUGAAUGUGAUCAUCAUCAGCAGAAAUCAAGAGAAGCUUGAAAGAGCAGCCAGGAAUAUAGAGCUUUCUACAGGAGCAAAGGUCAAAGUAAUAACUGCUGACUUUACCAAAGAUGAUAUGUAUGGACACAUUAUGAAAAGCCUAGAGGACUUGGAUAUUGGUAUAUUAGUGAACAAUGUCGGAAUACUGCCCAGCCAAGUACCCUGCAGGCUGCUUGAAACUGCAGAUUUGGAAAAGGUGAGACAGAAAAUAUAUGAUGUUAUAAACUGCAAUGUAAAAGCCAUGGUCAAGAUGUGCAGAAUUGUGCUGCCAGGAAUGCAGGAAAGAGGAAGGGGAGUCAUUUUAAAUGUGUCCUCCGGCAUAGCCAAAAUACCCUGCCCCAUGUACACCUUGUAUGCAGCAUCUAAGGUUUUCGUUGAACGAUUUUCACAGUGUCUUCAAGCGGAUUAUAAAUCCAAAGGAAUUAUCAUUCAGACAGUGGCUCCAUUCGGGGUUUCAACAUCAAUGACAGGACAUCAAAGGCCUGACAUGGUCACAUUCACAGCUGAGGAGUUUGUUAAGAGCUCACUAAAGUAUCUGAGGGCUGGCGACCAGACAUACGGAAGCCUCACUCAUGCCAUACUGGGCUGGAUGGUGCAGGCUAUUCCCACAUGGGUUUUACAGAGUGAGGUGUUCCAAUAUCACUUCAAGAAAUAUGUGACCGAGAGAAUGGAAAAAUGAAAGUUUAUAUUCUCUGUGUAUAAAGAUGAACAUCUGCUAGUACCACAUUAUAUUUGUAUUAACUGUGACAGAAGCUGCUUACUUUUCAACUGUUAAAAAAGUAUGUUCUUUAGGUUAGCAAGUGUGUAUUGUGAAUACAUUAGUGUACAUUGUUCGACUUUUUACUUUUAAAAUCUGAAUGUCUUCGUGAACUCAAGGAAUGUGACAAAAUAAGACUGGGAAAAACAGGGAAAGAAUGCGGAAUCAAGGUGCUGUUUAUAAGCCUUCAAAUUAUCAGUGUUGCUUAUGGAACACAAUCCUUUAAAUUAUCUCAUAUGACAUUAAUAGAGAGACAACAAAACACAACACAACACAACACGAUAUCAUAUUAGACAGACUGUCUCCAAAAUGCCAAAUGACAGGGAUAAGUAGAGAAAAUGGAGAGAAGAUGUGACCUUGAUAAUUCUAUUUGAAAAAAUGACUAUUUAACCAAAAAAGAAAACAGAUCUCAUCCCAAUUUACUGCCGUACACUUAAAAAAAUCUGUAAAAGUAGGGGACAAUAUAAAAUUAAAAUAAAAAAAAUUGUAUUCAUUUUUUACAGUUGUUUUACCUGUUUUUUAGAUUUUGCACUGCAUUAAACUACAUUUUAGUUUAAUAUAAUUUAAACUACAUAAAAUCAAACUGGUUAUUUUCUGCCAGUACUUUACCCGUUCUUUUAAGGGAUUCUUUUUUAACAGUGUAUAUGAAAACUAAAUACUAUAGUAGUCAGUGGGAAUCUGUUUGGUUACUGACAUUAUCCUAAAUAUCUUCCUUUGUAGCAGAAUAAAGACAUUUACACAGGUUUGGUAAAUGAUGACAGAAUUUUCAUUUUUGGGUGAACUUUCCUUUCAAAACCGCAUCUUUGGUAGCCUAUGUAAAAAUACAGAUAUUUAGCGCCACAUUGUGGUUAAAAAUGACUAUGACACAAACGAAAGCUCUAGUUUCCUUGUGCUUUUUAAAGUUAUUUUUGAAGAAUCUCAAUUUAUUAGUAAUAAAGGAAUUACAUAUCUAAGAAAGGAAUAUGCAUAUGAACGACGUUCUGUAUUCUGCGUGUUUUAAUGUAAAGAACUGCAUGUUCAUUAACAACUUUAUAAUUUUAAUGUGAAAAUUUGCAUGUAUUUGUGCAUAGUCCAUGUCCUGAAGUAAAUAAUUAAAUCAUAAAUAGGCCCACAUUAAAGUAAAAAGUUGUAUGCAAAUGUAAAUCUUAAGAUGAAAUGUUUUUCUGUCAAUAUUUGGUGGUUUUAAUACACAUACCCUAAAAAUA